AUGUCAGAUACAUCGGAACCUCAGAUUGUGGUACCUGACGAGGACGAAGAGGCGCUCCAGAGGUUUCUCGGAACGACGUCAUUUGGCAAGCAGACCAAAGGCGCCCAAGCCGACAACAGAUUCGAGCAGAGCAAGAGACAGCAACCAGUAGUUCCACAACCAAGCAACAAGGACGAGCAUUCGGACGACGAUGAUGACGAUGACGAUGACGACUCGGAUGAAGAAGAAGAUGAAUACCCGGUCUCGCACGAGAUGGUCUUCAAGACGCACGACCGCGCAGUCACAUCCAUCACACUGGACGCGUCGGGAGGACGAAUGGUGACGGGCUCCAACGACUGCACGCUCAAGUUCCACGACUUUGCUUCCCUCACCCCCUCUACCAUCCGCGCUUUUAAAUCAGUCGAUCCCUCGUCCGUCAAAGGCUCUGCCUCAACCGAAACCCAUCCUGUCAACCAAGUCUCGUUCAAUCCAAUCUCGCCCAGUACAAUCCUCGCCAUAACCGCACAUCCUCAACCGCGCAUAUUAGAUCGCAAUGGAGAAACACUCGCCGAGUUCGUCAAGGGCGAUAUGUACCUGCGCGACAUGCAUCACACCAAGGGUCACAUCUCCGAAGUCACUUGCGGCGUCUGGCAUCCUCAAGAUCGCAACAUCUGCGCAACCGGAGGAACCGACUCGACCGUUCGCAUUUGGGAUGUAAACAACCCUAGGCAACAGAAGAACGUCAUCGUACACAAGUCGAGAGCUGCUGGUUCUGCUGGAAGAACGCGUAUCACUGCUCUCUCUUGGUCUGCAAGCCCUCAGUCCAACCUUCUUGUUGCCGCUGCUCUUGACGGCAGUCUGGUCAUGUGGGAUGGAAACGGUCCAUACACCAGACCUGCUGCCGAGAUCCGCGAUGCUCAUACAAAAGACACUUGGACUAGCGGCCUGCAGGUCAGCUCGACUGGUCAGCUUGUCAUGACUCGCGGAGGUGAUGAUACAAUCAAGCUAUGGGACACCAGGAAGUUCAAGCAACCUCUCAGGACGAUCGACUUCCCUUCGAUCUCUAGCCAAUAUCCCACGUCUAACAUCUGUUGGUCGCCGUCAGGUACCGAAGUGCUCACUGGCUCUGCAACCGGCGACCUCCACAUUCUGAACCCUGCUACUUUGAGAUCCGAACUGGUGACCCCAGUAACACCAGGUUCUGCUCUGAUCAGCGUCUACUGGCACAAGGAACUGAACCAGAUUAUAACCGGUUCGGCCAACGGAGAGACGCAUGUGCUAUACAACCCCAAUCUAUCACAAGGCGGUGCAAAGACUGUCAUGCUCAAGGCUCCUAAGCGUCGUCACAUUGAUGAUGACCCCAACCUGACCAUGGAUCUAUCUCACGGCAUUGGUGGCGAUGCUGUCAUUCUGCCUGGAGGUUCUGCGCCAUCGGCUGCUUCCUUCGCCUCAAGACAUCCUACGAUUGGACUGACAGCCUCCGGUAAAUCGAGAGAUCCCAGACGGCCACACAUCCCCAAUACCACACCGUUCGCGAAGAGUAAUGCAGACGCAGCUUACAUCAAGGAACAUAUUCCGCUCAGUGGCAUGCGCGAAGAAGAUCCCAGAGAGGCUCUUCUCAAGUAUGCUGACAAGGCUAAGAAUGAUCCUCUGUUUACAAAUGCCUGGGCUACCACUCAACCAAAGACGAUAUACGCCGAGCUUAGCGAUGAAGAAGACGAUGGGCCAGACAAGAAGAAAGCUAGGCGAUGA